AUGUCGACUCACGGACGCGGACGCGGGCGAGGGAGAGGUAGGAUAGGCACCGUUACUCCUGGUUCGGCAGGGAAUGAUCCAGUAGAUUUCAUGGCUGCCCUGGGAAAUAUGGCUGCGGCUAUGCAGGCGACAGCCGAUGCACUAGGUAAUAAGAUAAACCAGGGUAAUCACGGGAACAAUAAUGAUGAGGACGGUCCCAUGACACUUGCUACAUUUCUGAAAGUUCACCCUCCGACCUUCCGGAGAACCUCAAAUUCCACUGAUGCAGACAAUUGGAUUCAGGCUAUGGAACGGGCACUGCAGGCUCAACAGCCAGGUGGCGCUGUGAUUCCUUGGGAAGUUUUCCGAACAGAGUUCUAUAAGAAAUACUUUCCUAAUUCAGACAAAAAUGCCAAGGAACUUGAAUUAAUGCAGUUAAAGCAGGGACAGAUGACUGUUACUGAGUAUACUAGCAGAGUGUUUUCUGAAUUGGUGAAUAAGAGUAGGGUGGCUGAGGAUUAUCUGAGGAAGGCGACAUCGGAUAAGGGUGAUCAGCGAGUUUUUGUUAGGAAAGAUCAGGGAAGGAACUUCGCCCCUAGAGGACAAGAUUUUAAGCGAGGCGGUUAUACCCCACAACUAUAUUUGGGUCAGAAUAACUUUCAGAGAUUCAGUAAUAACAACAGCCAGGGAAAAGGCAAAGGAAAGCAAGCUCAGACCCCACCGAAUGAUUUAACUUGUAGGAGGUGUGGAAAGUACCACCCGAAUACUCCGUGCAGGGCUGGUUUAGGUGUAUGCUAUUACUGUGGUGAAGCUGGGCAUUUGUCUUGGAAUUGUCCAGAAAAGAAGAAGAAUCAAGAAGCUGGAAAGGCACAACAUCAGUGA